UUUUGAAGUUAAUGUGCGAAGAUUUCAUCUGGAGAAUUACUCUCAGGUGGUGGCGAGCAAGUUAACGGACAAGGCGAAAGAUUUCUCAACAAAUGGUCACUUGAUCAAUGAGAUAAAGGUCCUCAUUCUGUCUUGGCUGAGGAGAUCUACAAUAGCGCAUCGCAUGUUUUGGCUCGGAAAGGUUCACGAAUAGGACUGAUGACAAAAAAAGAAAAUUGUGUAAGACUUGGUUCCGGGUUCCGCCCGAGUGAAUCCGUGACGUGGUGGCAUCGGAGGCCGUGGUGAUUGAAUAAAUUGCAACUUUUCCCGCUCAAAAGAAAGGAAAACGAAAGAGACGCUCAGCGCAACAAGGCGCUCAAAGAGGAGGACGAGGCUGGCCUCCGGUCGCGCGAGAUGCUACAAGAGAAGCCCGUCCAGUACGUUUCACUGGGCGAUGACGGGCCUCUGGUCUCGCCGCUGCCCAGAUCGAUCUUUCAGGUCGCCGCUUCCUCCCACCUCCCGCCGCCGCCUCCCAUCCCCGCCGCCACGCCACUGCACAUCCCCGCUCCCGCUCCCGCCCCCGACCACGUCCUCUGCUGCCUACCGUCGCCUCCGGCCACGUGCACCGAGACAGUACAAGAUAGGCCCGUCCAGUUCAUUAAGGCGUGGACAGGGGAGAAGAGGCGCCGCAGGUACCUAUCCCCAUCAUCUUCAGAUGCUCCUGCCACUGCCCAGCAACAUCAAGCCCCGAUUUCUAAUGCGACGGACAUGGAGGACACCAUCUUGGUCCAAGAAGGAAGCGAUGAGCCCACCGGGCCGGGCGUCAUUCUCAGCAAGGAAGACCAGGCCAGAUAUGCUAAACUUUUGCGUCCCAACAUUCCUCCUCCCAUUGACCCGUACUCCAAUGUGGCAUGGGAGGACUACGACCAGGUAGAAGAGCGCCUUGCACGCGUUCGCAUCGCCUGUUACAAGAUUGUGAAGCCAGAGGCCGCACAUGAACUCAAGGGACCAGAAGAGUACACUGAGGAUGAACUUCGUAACGAGUCCUACUUUCGGCAUUUGGAGGAUGAUGAAAGUUUCGAGUGGUUCUUCCAUCGCGACGAUAGCCAGAAACCUGAAUUGAAUGACUACCAACGCAUUGUCCUUCGUAAUUUCCUGCCUGAUAGUUGUGAACGCCAGUACCGCUAUCACAACGAUUACCGCUCACGUUAUCAUACAUAUGAAAUUGACUCCGUUUAUGUCAAGUACUAUGGAGAAAUAUCAAAGAAAAUAAAGUGGAUUGCAGAUAUUUGCAUCUGGAUCGCAGUACCGAGGCGUGGAGAAACAUGGAUACUAUAGCAUGGAGGCAAGCAUUGAGGAUUGCAACACACUUUCCCCAUAUGACUGUUCGUUUAGCUGCUUUUGCUUAUAAUGAGUACAUUACAGAGCUGAAAGAAGAUGCGUCCCUCAAGGACAUAGAUCUUCUCUAUUUUGAGAUAUGGAGGCUUGUCGCCAAGGAAGAU